UUAUUAUUUUUCUAGACGACGUGUAAUUUGUGUGUGCAAUGAAAAUAAAAUAUUGAAAAUGCAGGACUUAGCACAAUUAAAACACAAUUUGUUGCCAAAAAUGCUGUUGUUAAUGUUGCUGUUCGCAACAACAGCAACGGCGCACGAUGCCAAAGACUUUGAUGAUUCCGUGCUAUACAAAAUCGCUUUUGAUGUGCCCGAUUUGUUGAGUGAACCGGAGUUGGGCAAUCAGUUGCGCACAUUUUAUACACCGGACAAGGAGAAGUAUGAGUGUUUAAUACCUGCGCUGCAAAUGCCCAAAGAGGAGGAGAAAACCAAUCAACCAGAACUGUCACCUAUUGGACUGCUUCAGCCGAUCUUCUCAGCGCCCACCUGCUCAUAUCGCAUUGAGGCAUAUUGGUCGUAUGAGAUUUGCCAUGGGCAUCAUGUGCGCCAGUAUCAUGAGGAGCGCGAGGGUAAAAAUGUCAAGUUUCAGGAGUACUACCUGGGCAAGUGGAGUGACGAGAAAACGGAGCUGGCCAAAAAGGAAUGGGAAGCGGAACGCAAAACGGACAGCAAACCAAAGUACAAAACACUGAAAAUCGAUAAUACGCGUUAUCCUUAUUUUGAAAUGGAGUUCACCGAUGGCACCUUGUGCGACAUCAUCAAUGCGCCACGCACAACGAUGGCGCGUUAUGUGUGUUAUCCCCAUGGCAAGGAUGAUAUCUAUUCGUUCAAGGAGACGUCGUCAUGUAAUUACGAAGCAAUCAUUUUGACAUCAUCGCUCUGUGCGAUACCCGCCUUCCAUGCCGAGGAGACCAAAGAGAUCUCAAUUAAAUGCUUCAAUUCACAAACGGAACCCCACAAGCCACUGAGCAUGUUGCGACAGGAGCUUAACGAAUGGGAGGAAAGUGAAAAUGAUUUACUCAUUUCGAAGGAGAGCAAAACGCCACCCAAAAUGUUUUCGAAGGCGGAUAUUGGCGAUAUUGUGACGUUCAAGUACAGCGGCGAUGUGGACAAAAUCAUCUUGGAACUGAUGGCCAAUGGUGACAUCGAAGUGGACCAUGAUUUACAACAGAUAGUGUUGUCCAGAGGUGGGCCAGGAGGCACAACUCCAGCGCCUCUAAAUGAUCUGACUCCCAUCAAGGAGUUCAUUUCGGGCAAAAACUGUCUAACGGGUGGCACCGGCUGGUGGAAAUACGAAUUCUGUUAUGGUCGGCAUGUGCGUCAAUUUCAUAAGGAUAAGAACAGUGAGGUGGAACUAUUUCUGGGGUAUUUCUCCGAGGAAUCGCAUCGACUGUGGGCCAGCUCCAAUCCCGAUAAAGGUGCACGGCGUCCCGGUUUCACCUCAUCCCUCUGGCAUCACUAUGAGAAGGGCACCCACUGCGAUCGCAGCGGUCUGCCGCGCGAAGUAGACGUCAAACUGACCUGCACGCCGGUGACGAACAGCGGCACAGCUGUCUCCAUGUAUCUGCUGGAGCCGAAGACAUGCCAGUACAUCUUAGUCGUAGAAUCGCCCAUCAUUUGUGAUCUCAUGCAUUAUGCGGAUGACAGCGGCCUCGUUACACAGCACAGUCUGCAAAAGUUUCUGGCCGAUGAGCAUACGGCGGUGCCACCAGUUCCAUCAGCAGCUACUCCUGGUACAGACUCCGAGGAGCAAAUACGCUCAUAGAGAGUUCGGCGUUAAAUGUACAGACAAAUUUAUCAAAUAUAUGUAUUAUAAAGUCGUCGUUUA